CAGAAGUGGUACCCUACCGACUUCAGACCUGGCCCCCUCAUUGACGCGAGAUAGACACAAAUAUUCAGUUAAAUCUUUUAAUAGUGAUGGAAAAACGGAUUUCUUUAGAGUCUCGAGGCAAAGAGCCACAUCAGGUGACUGAGCUAAACCUUGAUAACGUAAGAACGGUGGGAGAAUUUGAAGGUUUAACAGAAGAGUUUGUCAAUCUAGAGAAACUAAGCGUAAUAAAAGCCGGACUAACUUCAUUCAAAGGGUUUCCGAAAUUACCGAAUCUCAAAAAAUUGGACGUGAGUGAGAACAGAAUAUCUAGUGGACUAAAUCAUUUGCGAGAUUGCACAAGCCUUACACAUCUCUGUCUUAGCAACAACAAAUUCAAAGAUAUUUCCGUGUUUGAACCAUUAAAAAGUUUGGAGAAUCUUAAUAGCCUGGAGAUAGGAAACAAUCCUUUCCCUGACUCUGAUGAGGUUCGAAGCCGUGUAUUCUCUAUGCUACCGAACCUUGUCCUGCUGGAUAACCAGGACAGGGAGGGGAACGAAGCUAGUGAGGACGAGGAUGACGACGAUGAAGAAAUUAACGGUGUGAAUCAUGCAAGCGAGGAAAACGAAGAAGAUGUUGAGGACGGUGAUGAUGAGGAGGAUAUAGAGGACGAAGAUGAAGAGGAGGAGGAGAGUGAUGAAGACGGACCGGGGCUAGCUGACCUCUACAACAACCCGAACCUCAACGACGAGGAUGACGGAGAUUAUGACGAGGCUGGGGAGGAUGAAGAAGAGGAUGAUGUGGAGGAGGAGGAGGAGGAAGAUGAGGAUGGUGAAUCUACACGUCGGAAGAAGAGAAAACACGAGGAAGAGGGGGCGGCAGAGUAAUAUCAACCAAACCAAACCAAUUGCCGAACCCGUUCCAAACAAAACCAAUCUUCGCUAAAAUUCCUGCAUUAUCAAACCUGCAGUUUACCGCAUUUUCUAUAGAACAAAAUCCAAAAGAAAUUUGAAAAUGGAUAAUGUGAAACUACAAAGCCGACUUACUUGAUACUUUUUCCUUAAUUGACUCUCUCCAUUCUAUGCAACAUCAUUAUCUUCAUAUAAAACAGUGGUUUCAAAUAAAAGUGCAGGGCUAGCAUGGCUGGUUCAGCUGUUCCCAUGUUUUCUUCCUUCUUCCGACAACACUUUUUCUCUGCAGGUUUGGUUUUGGACUCCACAGUACAUAAACCUUCUUCGUGUACUCCUAUUGUACUCCAUCUAUUGAUACUAGUAUCCAGUACCUGCUGUAGACACAGUACAUACUCUCGUCUACCCUAGUACAUAAACAGGUGUACAUAGUUCCAUAUUGUGCCGUUCACUUAAUAAGUUAAUACAAAGCCCUGUUCUACCUAAUCAGAAUUAUAAACAAUCUUCAAAUCAUGAUCUAAUUUUUAUUUCAUGUACAAUCAAAAUGAUCUUUCUGUACAACAUUCCUUUGUUCGUGAUGUACAGCCUAUUGUACAGUGGGUACUGGAAGUAAAAUGUACAAAAAUAUCUUUAAAGCUGUAAAUACAUGUUUCUACUAUGA